UCGGGGGUCUCGCUGUUUCGAGGGUGAAAGCGUUUUAUGAGGGAGCAAUGAAUUUUGAAUUUGAGAGGGAGAUCGGUUUUAUCAACAGCCAGCCGUCCCUAGCAGAGUGCCUGACGUCCUUCCCCGCCGUCCUGGAGUCAUUUCAAACUUCAUCAAUCAAGGAGUCGACAGUAAUUCCGCCUCCCUUCGAGCAAACCAUCCCCAGCCUCAGCCCCAGCCCCAGCCCCUGCACAGGCGGCCAGCCGAGACCGGCAGCGAGCAGGAGCCAGCAGAACCGGAGACCCUCCGCCGUCGCCGCUAAUGGCCUCCCGACGCACCACAGAGCCGCUCCGCAGCCGCCCUGCUGCCCGCCCGGACAGGCCCCGGCCCCGGCGGCCCCGGCCGCUCCGCUGGCCCACGAGUUCCCCUGGAUGAAAGAGAAGAAGUCAUCCAAGAAGUGCCCCAAGUCCGGGAGCGGCUCCGGCGGCGGCGGAUCCAUCGUCCCCCCCGCCUCGUCCUCCCCGUCGCAAACCGCCCCUGGGUACGCGUCGGCGGGCAUUGAGUCACCCACAGCGGACCCCGGCCAGGCCUGCCUGGACGCCGCGGCGGCCGGCUCCCGCCGCCUGCGCACCGCCUACACCAACACGCAGCUGCUGGAGCUGGAGAAGGAGUUCCACUUCAACAAGUACCUGUGCCGGCCCCGGAGGGUGGAGAUCGCCGCCCUCCUGGAUCUGACCGAGCGGCAGGUCAAAGUCUGGUUCCAGAACCGGCGCAUGAAGCACAAGCGCCAGACCACGCACCACCGGGACGGCGGAGGCCACGAGUCCGGCGAGCUGGGCGGGUUCGAGCCGCUCGAAGGCACCGACGCCUCCUCUCCCUACUCGAGCCAGCCGCUGGAAGCUUCUGGCACCGGGGAGGCUGCCUCGGAGGCAGAGGCGGGGGGUGGCCAUCCAUCUUCGGCCGCCGCCUACACCGGUGACAGCGGGGACAAAGCGCAGCCCACGCCGGAGGAGGGCGGCCGGCGGAGCCUCCCGGAACGCCCGGCGCUGCUGAGCGGGACGUCUGGCAGCUCGGACUCCGCUGCGGACAGCCGGGGCCUGCUGCCGCUGGCUGAUGCGGGCCCGGCGGCGGCGGCGGCCGAGCAGCGGGACUCCUCCGUGACUCCCGCCGCCGCCGCCGCCUCCUCCUCCUCCUCCUCCUCGUCCUCCUCCACUCUCCCAGACCUGAACCUCUUCGCCGGGGAGGCCUGCCUGUCCCCCAGCCUGCAGAGCUCCCUGGACAGCCCGGUGGAUUUCUCCGAGGAGGACUUCGACCUGUUCACGAGCACGCUGUGCACGAUCGACCUGCAGCACCUGAACUUCUGAGGAGACGCUGCAGGCCGGGAGGCGGACAGGCCAGCUCUCCUCCAGCCGCCUCAUGAACACACCACCACCGCCUCGCGCUUUCUCCAGCAUUCUCUAUUCUAGCUGAACACAAUUUAAUUUGAAACAUUUCAAACGUCAAGCGGAAAUAUUUUCUUCCUCCUUGAUCCAUUCGGAUAUUUUCUUUCAGAAUCAAUUUCAGGUAUUUAUUCUAUUUAAAAAUUUUCAAGGGAAUUUUCCUCACUUUUUGUAGUUUUUUUUUUUUUUUUUUAAUCAAUGUGUGUAUUUUUUCGUUCGGUCCAUUUCAUGCAGCUCUAUGGAUUGUCUUUCUUUCUUUUCUUUGUUUAUUUUAUAUUAUUUCAUUUUAUUUUAUUUUUUUGAAAAAACUUCUCAGGAACUGUUCGCGGAGUCUGGGUGAAUAAGAUGGACUGCUUUGAGAAAAAUACAACUGAAGAACGAAUUAAUUCUCUCGGAUAAAACAAAGACGAGAGGGCGAGCCCUGCUGAUGACCGAGGUUUAGACCCUAGUUUAUUUAUUCAGAUUCUUUAAUAGUGAAAAUCCAAAAUUAUUUAUUGUACAUAUAUUUUCAUAGUGGAAUAAUGAUAAUAAUAAAAACACAAACAUUUACUAUGUGCCCCAUGUGGUUUUGUUUUACAGUCUGUGCUUUUUAUGCUUUGAAAACACCAGACACCACGCAGCUCAUUUUUAAUCUACAGUUUCAUGCUUACCAUACUGCAAUUUAUUUUAAAAUUGAAUUUCAUAUGUAAAGCUCUUUUCUAUAAUUAUCGGCUCACUUUU